AAAAAAUAAAAAAAAUAAAAAAAACAGGCACCAACCCAUUCUUCAUUUCACCCUUGAGCACUAACUCAUCCUUCAACCCUUCAGCGCUUAACCUUCAGCCUUCAUCCUUCAAUGCAAACUCAUCAUUCAUCCUUCAACACGAAUCAGAUGAACUUUAUCCAUUUUUCUCGCACCCUAAUUCUCCCUCGCCGCGACUCCAAUUCAUAACCGCCAAGAUCUGCGCCAAUCAUCUCACAUGCUAGGGAUUUUGCUGAUGGUGAACUUAAGGAUGAACUUUUCUGCAUUCGUUUUCCAUCUAUUGAAAAAAGAUUCUUUGGAGCCUUUGCUUAAUUUCCUCUGAGCUCACAAAUAUAAAGGCCAAUUAUGUUCGCUUCACAUUGUGUGGAGUCGGAGACACUCUUCUUGUGUCUGGAUUUGUCUUCUUAACUUGUAUAGAUCAAGAAGAUGGAAGACACAAAUUUGGUCACUCUAGAGAUGGUGGGGAAGUUUGCAGAAGAGAUGUAUGGUGAAAGUUCACAGCUUUCAAAAGAAGAAGUAAUAUCAUCUUGUGUUGAUGAUGAAGAUAAUUUAAAUGAUUGCCAUCAUGGUUAUAUGAACCUUGAAGAUUCAGUGUGGGAUGAUUCUCAUGAAGUAUUUGAUGAAGCAUCAGAUUUGGAUAGAGAGUGGCAGAGGAGGCAUGAUCAAUUCCACACAAUUGGAUUUCGAGAUGGUCUUAUCGCAGGGAAGGAAGCUGCUGCACAAGAGGGGUUCAAUAUUGGUUUUAAACAAUCAGUCCUUCAUGGUUAUCGCUGGGGUCUUGUGAGGGGUGUUACCAGUGCAUUAAGUAAUCUUCCAGAUCAGUUAAAGGAGAAGUUAAUUGAAGCACAAGAAAAGAGAGAAGAAUUCCAAGUGUUAUAUGAAUCAAUGCAGUCUUUAUCAACAAGAGAUGCUCUGAGAAUGUUCAAUGAUGAUAUCAAGGCAAAAGAAGCUUUGGAGCAUAGUGAACAUGUAAAGAUUAGCCCCAACUCACAAGUGCAAACUUCAUAUGGUUCUCUUGGAAGUUAUAUUGGAAAACUUGAAUCUCUGAUUAGGGAAUCUCCUGCAAUUGACAUUCAAAUUCCUGAACUUAAGUAGGUGAUGUUCGGAUUCGGAUUACACACACUACUGUUUUUCCAACGUCCGAUCUAAUUCAAUAGCUGAGAUCGAUUAACGGUAUAAAACUGUCUGUGUAAUCUUAAUCUAAUCAAUCAGAUCAUAAGUCCGUGAUAUUCUACCUUAGGUAUAAAAUGGUUUAUCUAGAAUCAUUUGUGAUUCUUGUGAAAGAGUCGGUUACUUUGUUCUUCAUUACUCAAGAAUAAUUCAGUUUAUCUUUUUUGCAGCUAUAACUUGUAUUCUAGUGAAAAAAUUUUAGGAUUGUUUCUA